AUGGUCAACUCCUGCUGUGGAUCCGUCUGCUCCGCCCUGAGCUGUGGAGGAGACUGCUGCCAAGAGACCUGUUGUGAGCCCAGCUGCUGCAGCAGCCCUUGCUGCCCCCCGACCUGCUGCCAGACCACUUGCUGCAGGACCACCUGCUGCCGUCCGACCUGCUGCAGGCCCUGCUGUCCCCGUCCUUGCUGCGUGUCUAUCUGCUGCAGGCCCCGCUGCCCCCAUCCAUGCUGCGUUUCCAGCUGUUGCAGACCCUGCUGCCCCCGACCCUGCUGUGUGUCCAGCUGCUGCAGGCCCUGCUGCCCCAGGCCUUGCUGUGUGUCCAGCUGCUGCAGGCCCUGCUGCCCCCGCCCCUGCUGUGUGCCUAGCUGCUGCCAGCCUUGCUGCCGCCCAACCUGCUGCCAAAUCACUUGCUGCCGGACGACUUGCUGCCGCCCGACCUGCUGUGUGCCCAGUUGCUGCCGGCCUUGCUGCUGA